AUCACAGCAUAAACUAUCACAUAGAAGGAGAUUCAAAUGUCUACAAUGUUCAUAUACGUGCAAACGUUGGGCCCAAUGUUUGUCCCAUAGGACCAAAUGUGGUGGUAUAGUUGAACCAACUAUUUGUGGAGAAUGUUCGAAAAUAUUUAACAACGAACAUUCAUUAAAAAUUCACAUGAAAAUACAUAAGACUGAGAAAAAAUAUUGCUGCGCCGAAUGUGGAAAGAAAUUCAUGAGUAAACAGCAUUUAAGAGUACAUAUCAGAUCCCAUUCCGGUAUAAAGCCAUUUUCCUGCACACAGUGCGCGCGUUCAUUUUCUACGAGUUCGAACCUGCGCGCCCAUAGCUCAGUGCACACAGACUAUCCAAUACACUACUGUGUAGAAUGCCACUCGUAUUAUAAAACUGACAAAAGUUUGAAGCGACACUUUAAGGAGUCAGCGAAACAUGCGGGUUUUGGAAAUAAAUUAUAUCCAUGCAAAGAAUGCACAAAAGAGUUCUCAACUGAAAAGCUGCUGAAUUCCCAUAUCAGUACUCGACAUGGUACUGAAUAUAAGUGUCAACAAUGUGAUAAGACUUUUUCGAACAAUUCCAAUUUAAAGAAACACAUCAAAUGUAUUCAUGUGAUAAAAUAAUGUGUUAUUUUAUUUGACAACUUACUUCCAUCCACGGCUUCGCGCGCGUAUAAAAGUAAUGCAUCCCGGGAUUUUAAAAACAGCAGCGUUUAAAG